UGGCAAACUCCCACAUUGCCAAAGAAGUCGAUAAGACUCGUCAGGUUUCUGGAGUUUGUACCGACUUCUAGAUCGGCGGUUUUGAUACAAUUCGGUGCUUGCAAGAUCAAGAUUCAUGGCCUUAAGACGACCCUUUUGGUUCCUCUUCGUGGUGGCAGCAGCGGCCGCAGUGGUGCUUGCCGCCACCUGCAGCUGUUCUGGUGUCGGCCACAUGCCUUCGAACAAAAACGACGAGGCAGAGGACUUUGAAGAGUUAAAGGUGAGAGCAGGGCAGGCAGGGGAGACGGCGGCAGAUGCCGGGAAGGAGGCCAAGGAGGCAUCGGAGUCGUGGGCGGGCUGGGCCAAGGAUAGGCUGUCCGAAGGGCUUGGGCUUAAGCUCAGCGAUGACGUCAAGGACACAGCCAAGACAGCCUCCGAGAAGGCCGGUGACACGGCCAAGACCGCUAAAGACAAGAUCCAGGACAUGGCCUCUGCAGGAGCAGCUCAUUACACGGCGGAGAAAGCCAGCGACAUGAAGGAUACGGCGUCGGAAAAAGGCAGCAGGGCUUAUGAGAAGGCGGGCGAGAUCAAGAACUCAGCCUCGGAGACUGCCGAGAACAUAAAGAAUGCAGCGGAGGAGAGAGCCCAGCACAUGACGAGCACUGCCACGGAGAAGGCAGGAGAGACCACCGAGGAAGCAAAAAGAAAGGCAGAGGCGACGAAGGAUAAGACCGCAGAGAAGGCCCAAGAAGCAAAAGACAAGGCCGCAGAGACUGCCGAGCAGGCAAGGCAGAAGGCUGCAGAGACGGCUGAGGAAGCAAGGGAGAAGGCCGCGAGGACAUCUGAAGAGGCGAAGGAGUCCGCCAAGGAGGCGAGGAAGAACGCGGGGGAGGAAGUGAAGAGGAAGCAGGAGGAGGCGGAGGAGAACAUGGGGUGGGCCAAGGAGGGUUACGAGGCGGCCAAGGCAAAGGCCGGGGAGGCAGUGGAGAAGGCCAAGGAGAAGAUCGCGGCUAACUAUGAGGCCGCGAAGCAGAAAUCCAAGGACAUUAAGGAUGACUUUGCCGGCCGGGGAAGGGACGAGGAGCUCUGAGGUUGUUUGGGCUGUAGUAUUUUGUGUGCUGUCGGGGUUUGAUGGAGAGUUGAGGAUGUGUACAUGUGUUUUCUAGUAUGUUAAAUGUUUUCCUUAAGAGAUGUUUUACCUUACAACAAUUUUCGAAAUCUUUUAGGUGUGCUCACAAGUUAAAUACAUCUUAAAUGAUAUCGUAAAACAAAUUGGAAGGUCCGAUCGUUGUUGAAUAAUACAAUGGCUGAUGUACGUUCUCGACA